AUGGAGUCGAUGCAAUCUGUUUUACCACCAUCCAUGAGCCCAGGAUGGAACGACCCACCAAACUUGGGUGUACCAUCGCCGGGUGCCAAUUCUAAUCGAUUGACACAACUCCGCAGAAGAUUGGUCGAUCCAUCGAUAUCGGGAGGAUCACCCACUGCUGGCAAUAUGAUGAUGCAGCAAGGUCAUGGACAGGGACAUCCAUCUCACAAUUAUACGGGAGAUGUCAACAGUCCAGUCUCACACGGCAAUACUUCAUCCACAAAUAUGUAUGAGACGGGACAUCAUCAACUUUAUGAAUAUAUAGCGACGUUCAGCUCCAUCUUCCAGGCAGCUGCCUAG